AUGGCCAACUUUCAACCGCGUCUCCGCCGCCCGUCUGCCGAUUCCGACUACGGCGAUCCCAUUUCACCAGUGCCCUCAACCUCGCGCUUCGCCGCCGACUUAUACCCCGGCGAAGCGCGCUCCCUCUCCGGCAUCGCCAUGCGCGCAUUCUGCCUCGGCGGCGCCUUUUCCUCCUCGGCGCUCCUCACCGUGCUCAUCCUCGCCCUCACGCACUCGCCCCUCUGGCGCGCCUCCUUCUUCCUCCUCGCCCUGUCCGCCUUUCACUUCCUCGAGUUCUGGGUCACGGCGCGGCGCAACACGCUCGUCGCCACCACCGACAGCUUCCUCCUGACCGCCAACUGGCCAGCCUACGCCGUCGCGCACGCCGCCGCGUUCGCCGAGUGCCUGGUCGUCUGCGUCCUCUUCCCGGCCCGCCGCAGCUGCGGCGCUCUCGGCAGCGUGUGCGUAGCGCUCGGCCUCGUGCUCGUCCUCGUCGGCCAGGCGGUGCGCUCGGCGGCCAUGCUGCACGCCGGCGCGAGCUUCAACCACCAGAUUCAGUGGAAAAAGUCAGACGCGCACGUGUUGGUGACGAGCGGCGUCUACGGCCGCCUGCGGCACCCGAGCUACUUUGGCUUCUUCUACUGGGGUCUGGGCACGCAGCUGGUGAUGGGGAAUGUGGUGUGCUUUUUUGCGUACGCCGUGGUGCUGUGGUACUUCUUCAGCCGACGAAUCCGUAUUGAAGAGGUCAAGCUGGUCGAGUUUUUCAAGGACGACUAUGUGCAGUAUCGGAAACGGGUUGGGACGUGGAUGCCAUUCAUCUAG